AUGUCUUCGCCCGAACGAGAUGUAAAGCCAGACCUCGACCUCCCGAAACAAGUCUCACCAAGCAAGAAGGCGAAAGCGCCCACCAAAAAGAGCCCUUCCAAAGCCGGUUCCCGAUCCGUCAAGAGAGAAAUCACCGGGACAGGCGACGAGUCCGGUUUCAAGCCUACUUCCAAGGACAUGGCCUAUCACUACGUCAUGCACGCUCUCGACAAGGUCACGAUCGAGACGAGGAAAGAGAUCGCGCAAAAGUUGGGGGUGAGGCAGAAGAACCUGGAUGCUUCCUGGUCCAUCAACUGGAAGUGA